AUGGCGAAUAGAGGAAACCAAUUUAUAAACUAAUUGUUUAGAGAUAUUGAUAAUGCUUAAAAUAGAUAAAGAUUUUCAGAAAUUAGAACAAACUGGCGGCCAAUAGCCAAGCAUUUAGUAGUAUAGACCAUUGUGACUGCUGGAUUAAUAUACUUGAUUCGAGAAAUCAGCAACACCAAUGUUUAAACAAAAGCUUCAAUAAAUGAAAAAGAGUGGACUCAAAGUACCUUGGGACUUAUUUUGGCUUUUGUUAUCAUAACUUGGCUAAUAUAGUUAUUUAUGAUUUGCACAAAUGCCAAUGGAUUCUAGACUAAAUCAUUAAUCUUGAUAGUCUAUUUGUUUUUGCAUGGAAUUUAUGAAUCUUUUGAGCAUUUCCUAAAAGGAUUCUUUUUGAAUGCUUAACUUUAAGGGGAGGAUAGUGUAAUAGAGUCUAAGCUGAUUCAUUAUGUGAGGAUGACAAUCUUAUUUAUCAUAGUUAUAAUUGGAUUCUUCAUGCUUCUUCUUAUUAUUUUGGCUUUCUUAAUAACAAGAGGAUAUUAAUUUGGGAAUAGUAGUAGUAGCUUUGCCAAUCACGAUGAUAAACUUAAUAGACUCAGGAAAGUCCCAUACAGUGAAUUAUUUUUUGAAGAGGGACGUGACUGCCCUGUUUGCUUGUCUUCAUUUCAAGCAAGUGAAACUGUGAUAGAGCUGAAAUGUUCAAAGUUUCACAUAUUUCAUGAAAACUGCCUCAAAAGUUGGCUUAAAAGUGGUAAAGACACAUGUCCUAUCUGUAGAAAAAGAAUAGAAGUUUGA